AUGGGGGUGAGAGGGGCCGCGACCCCCCCAGGGCAGUGAUGGAGCCGCUCCGGGGCCUCGGGAUCUUCCUCGUUCUCCUCCUCCUCCUCCUCCUGCCCGCGGGGCCCACGCACGCGGCCCAGGUGCCCCCCGAGUCAUCGCUGGAGCUGAAGCCCCUCACCCAGGUGGGGGAUGGACAGGCUGUGCCGAAGGUGCCACCCCAAAACCAGGUGGGCGACGGGCAGCCCCUCCUGAGCCGCCGCCGCCGUCACAGCUCCCACUUCCCGCUCUGCUCCUUCUGCUGCAACUGCUGCGGGAACCGGGGCUGCGGCUUCUGCUGCCGCACCUGAGACCCCGGGACCCC